AUGUGUAUACUUUUUGGAACCAGCCGAAAAGCACCCGCGCGAAAAAUCCAAAAACUAGGCCAAACAAUCGACUGGAAAAUCAAAACCACCUAUCUCAGCGUCACUCUAGACAUAGCUCUGCGCCUAAACAAGCAUGUAAAGGUCUGCAUCAAGAAGGCUAAGCAAGCCAGAGGGGCACUUUACCCGAUUCUAAAUAGCAGAUCACCCAUCCCGCUGUCAACCAGACUCUCAAUUUACCUAGUAUACAUCAAACCUAUAUGCCUCUUCGCAAUGGGGUCCUCUCAUCAGCGCAUCAAACUGGGCAAACAUAGAGGUAAUUCAAAACGUGGCGAUCCGGACUAUCACAGGUGCCCACUUUCUCACCAGAAAUAA